CCUACUUGUGGAUAUGCAGCUUUUCCCGGUUGCGUCAUUUGCUACUUAAUCUACCGUGUACGACAAUGAGUGUGCCCGUGUACCUGCGUGUGGCCUUCAGGCCAUGCCAGGUAGCUGCGAGUACCUAUCCAGGGAGAUCGCUGCCUCAUCUCCAGCAGCCAGAUCGAUAGUGGUUUCAUCGAUCCGAGUCCCAUCGCACGCGCUAGGAUGUCAUCACUUCGGAUCGCUAUUUGUCGGAAAUCUACAGAAGGCUUCCAGAAGAUACGCGAGUGUUGCUCCUGCGUCCUCGGCUAUUCCAACCACUCCUUACUCUUCGUUGACUGUCGGUAUCCCUCGCGAAAUCUUUCCAAACGAACGACGUGUUGCCAUCACCCCGCAAAAUGUUGCUCUGCUGCUCAAGAAGGGCUUCUCGCGCGUCCUGGUUGAACGUGGGGCCGGCGCGAACGCCGAAUUCCUUGAUAAAGCCUAUGAAGAAGCAGGAGCUGUUAUGGUGGACCGGAGCGCUAUUUGGUCUCAAAGUCAGAUAGUGCUGAAGGUCCGCAGCCCUCAGCUCCAUGACCCCAAUAAUGAAGUCCAAGACUUGCGCCAAGGAAGUACGGUAAUCUCGUUUUUGUAUCCAGCACAGAACAAGUCACUAGUAGAGAAACUGGCUGCGCGCGGUGUGACCUCGUUUGCUAUGGAUAUGAUACCAAGAAUCUCGCGUGCGCAGACAUUUGACGCUUUGAGUUCCAUGGCCAAUAUUGCUGGAUACAAAGCUGUUCUAGAGGCCUCCAAUCACUUUGGUCGAUUUUUGACUGGACAGGUUACUGCUGCUGGCAAGAUACCUCCGAGCAAGGUGCUGGUGAUCGGAGCCGGCGUGGCUGGUCUGAGCGCAAUUGCCUCGGCUCGAAGACUAGGUGCCAUCGUUCGUGGUUUCGACACUCGGCCUGCUGUCCGCGAGCAAGUCCAGUCUUUGGGAGCUGAGUUCAUUGAGGUCGACAUACAAGAGGAUGGCUCCGGCCAAGGAGGUUAUGCCAAAGAAAUGUCCAAGGAGUUCAUUGAAGCGGAGAUGAAGCUUUUUAUGGAACAGUGCCGAGAAGUCGACAUCAUAAUUACGACGGCCCUCAUUCCUGGGAAGCCUGCGCCUAAACUGAUCACCAAGGAGAUGGUGGCUGCAAUGAAACCUGGUUCAGUGAUCGUGGAUCUUGCCGCAGAGGCUGGUGGUAACUGUGAAGCGACAGUUCCCGGGCAAUUGACCAAGUACAAGGACGUCACUAUCAUUGGUUACACCGACCUCCCUUCGCGCUUGCCAACACAGUCAUCGACUCUGUAUUCCAAUAACAUCACGAAGUUCCUUCUCUCCAUGACCCCUCAGGAGAAGUCGUUCGGUAUAGAUCUCUCAGAUGAGGUUGUUCGCGGCUCAAUCGUCACCAUGGAUGGAAGGGUACUGCCGCCAGCGCCACGUCCAGUGCCGCCACCCGCUCCCAAACCGGAGGCUGCUGUACCUGCAAAAGAGCAAGCAGAGUUAGCAACAACACCCUGGCAGAAGGUGACCCGUCAAGUUGCCGUUACAACCGCUGGCAUGGGAACGGCUAUUGCACUAGGUAAAGCUACCGGGCCUGUCUUUAUGGGUAAUCUGAUGACGUUUGGGCUUGCUGGACUUGUUGGCUAUCGUGCGGUAUGGGGUGUCGCACCUGCACUUCAUUCGCCCCUGAUGAGUGUUACCAAUGCGAUCUCAGGGAUGGUUGGCAUUGGGGGAUUCUUCAUAAUGGGCGGAGGGUAUGUGCCUAGCACGAUACCAGAGGCCCUAGGAGCUGUGUCUGUCUUAAUGGCAUUCAUGAAUAUCUCUGGGGGCUUCGUCAUCACCAAGCGCAUGUUGGACAUGUUCAAACGCCCUACUGAUCCACCGGAGUAUCCCUGGCUUUAUGCUAUACCAGGUAUAUUGUUUGGUGGCGGCUUCGUUGCUGCCGCUAGCACCGGCAUGGCCGGGCUGGUACAAGCAGGGUACCUUGUCAGCAGUCUUCUUUGCAUUGCUUCUAUCUCUGGCCUGGCUUCUCAGCAAACUGCCAGACGCGGGAACAUUCUUGGCAUCCUGGGAGUUGGCGCCGGAAUCAUUGCUUCUCUUGCUGCUGUCGGCUUUUCUUCUGAGGUACUGACCCAAUUUGGUGUUGUGGCAGGCGUGGGCUCUCUCGUGGGUGCAUUGAUCGGGCGUCGCAUCACGCCGACUGGACUUCCUCAAACCGUUGCGGCGUUGCAUUCAGUUGUUGGAUUGGCGGCCGUACUCACAAGCAUUGGAAGUGUGAUGGCUGAUGUCUCUCAUAUUUCGACUCUACACAUGGUGACAGCUUAUCUUGGUGUAUUGAUAGGUGGUGUCACUUUCACUGGCUCGAUUGUCGCUUUUCUGAAACUUGCCGGUCGCAUGUCUUCACGACCCACAAUACUUCCUGGCAGACAUUUGAUAAAUGCAAGCCUGCUGGGUACUAAUGUAGCUACUAUGGGGGCGUUCGUGACUAUGGCACCUGCCUCACCGGUCAUCGCCGCAACAUGUUUGGGUGCGAACACCGUACUUAGUUUCCUGAAGGGAUACACUACAACCGCUGCCAUUGGAGGAGCUGAUAUGCCUGUGGUUAUUACUGUCUUAAAUGCGUACUCUGGUUUUGCCUUGGUAGCCGAAGGCUUCAUGCUUAACAAUCCACUUCUUACCAGCGUUGGAUCAUUGAUCGGAGUCAGCGGCUCCAUUCUGUCAUACAUCAUGUGCGUUGCAAUGAACCGAUCUCUUCCCAACGUGUUAUUUGGCGGAAUUGCCGCUCCCCAGCAAGCAAAGAAAAUCGAAGGCCAAGUGACUCAGGUGACGGUGGAUGAUACUGUCGAGGCGCUCUCAAACGCGGAAAGCGUGAUUAUUGUGGUCGGAUACGGCAUGGCUGUCGCAAAGGCGCAGUAUGCUCUUGCUGAGAUUGUUCACAUGCUACGCUCUAAAGGUGUCACCGUGCGAUUUGCCAUACAUCCUGUGGCAGGCAGAAUGCCCGGCCAGUGCAAUGUGCUCCUCGCGGAGGCCUCCGUACCUUACGACAUUGUACUUGAAAUGGAUGAGAUCAACGACGAUUUUGCCGACACGGACUUGACCCUAGUCAUCGGCGCAAAUGACACUGUCAACCCGAUUGCUCUAGAGCCCGACUCUCCUAUCUCGGGAAUGCCCGUGCUGCAUGCAUGGAAGAGCAAAGAGGUGAUCGUGAUGAAACGUGGCAUGUCCAGCGGAUACGCUGACGUGCCGAACCCGAUGUUCUUUAUGCCUGGUACUAAGAUGCUUUUCGGAGAUGCGAAGACUUCAUGCGAUGCUAUCAAGAGCGCCAUAGAAGCACGUAGAUAGAUGCGAUCUGGCGAUGGAUUGGAAAUUGCACAUGCGUUGAUUUGGACUAUAUCAUUCUUUUGGGCUGCGUACCAUCUGCUCUGACGACCAUAUCAGACAAUUAAUAAUGAUGGACCCUAGCGUAGGGAAUCUUGCCAAGAACUAAUGGAUAUCGAUUUACUUGAGCUUUGAG